UCCGGAUCCCCAGCGCUCCGCGGAGGGCCGCGCUGACGGUACCGGAAGGUCGCGGGCGACAGAGGCAUGGGCCUGAGCUCCGUAGCCCGACGAAAGCCCGCGCCCCUCCAGCCCGAGACCUCGUGUCCUCCGUGCCCAUCCAGGAAGCCCAGCGUCUGCCCCCCGCUCAGCUCGGAGACCCUCGGCUCAGGAGCCGCACGGAAGCUGACGAGGCAGCGCGCCUGCGAGCACCGCCCAGGGAGCACGCCGGGCUCUUUUAGACAAAAGGCUGUACUUAACUUGGACAGCACACCGAACAAGAAGAGAGCGCAAUUGGAUGUAGCACCCCAGCCCUCGAAUGAGGGCAGGUUAAUACGGCCAGCAACAGAGGGCAAAUCGAGACCCAGACCUGGAGACCUGAUUGAGAUUUUCCGAGUUGGCUAUGAGCACUGGGCCAUCUAUGUGGAAGAUGACUGUGUGGUCCAUCUGGCUCCCCCGAGUGAGGACUUUGAAGUUGGCAGUAUUACUUCUGUGUUUAGCAACCGUGCACUUGUAAAAUACAGUCGUCUAGAGGAUGUGCUGCAUGGCUGCUCUUGGACGGUUAACAACAAACUGGAUGGGACGUACCUGCCCCUGCCUGUGGACAGAAUCAUUCAGCGUACAAAGAAGAUGAUCAACAAGAUUGUUCAGUACAGCCUGAUUGAGGGGAACUGUGAGCACUUCGUCAAUAACCUCAGAUAUGGCGUGUCCAGGAGCCAGCAGGUGUGGCCCCUGUCUUUUUGUGGCUCCUUGUGGUGUUUGCUUGGGUUGUGCCAUCUCCUCAGUCACCAGAAAAGCCAUCAUUCAUCCUACCAUAUUGCUUGCUGUACUAGAAGGCUUUAUGCUCCUACAGGUCUGUGUGGUUCAGGAGGCAUUUACCCCACCAUUUACCCUUGGAGGAGUAGAAAAAGCAUUGACCUAAUGGGAAGCCUGCCUUGUUGAAGUCCUGGCUCCAUCACUGCUGAGGGUGGUCCCCUUGGCAAAGGUGCUUUUUCUGAGACUGUUUCUUCCUUCAUAGAAGGAAGAUAAAUGGAAGUAGAUACUUUGUCAUGAGUUGCAAAUUUGUAGCCUGUGGGCUGCAUUUCAGAUACACUAUUGUUUUUUUAGUUUGAGUUACUUGGCAACUUUAAAAAACAGAAAUUUUACAGAAAAAGAUCUGGAUUCCCAGCUUAUCUUGAAUGAUCAAUGGAUCAGGAUGUUCGGCCAGCAUUCCUGCAUCUAGUGCUCUUGGGGGCCGUGCUGUGGCUCUGUGUGCUGUAGGACCGUGGACCACUGUUCUACUCACAGCUGCCAUGCUCAUCUGCACUGCCCCGGGGUCUCUCCUCCCCUAUGAAAUGCAGAAGUAAACUAAAUGUGGUACACACA